CAGCCUAAUUUGAGCCGCUACACUGUGGCAAGCAUCAUUAGGACAUUUCGAAAUGAGAAUCCGUAAGUACUUUGUAGCACUGCCAUACUCUAAUGAGAAACACAAUAGUACCAUACAUGCAAUAAUACUGAAAUUGUCACUUUACAGAAUUGCUAGACGUCCAGAUGUUGGGGGCAGAGGAAGAAUGUUCCCUCCAGAGCAAGAGACCCAUAUAGUGAACAUGGUGAUUGCCAAUAAUGCAAUAAGACUGCGCGAAAUACAGCAGCGCAUAAUUGAUAAUGACACCAUCUUUCAAAAUAUACACAGUGUAAGCAUUUCUGCACUAAGUCAUAUACUUGCGCGCCACAGAAUAAGAAUGAAGCAAAUUUACAGAGUUCCUACAGAACGUGUAAAGCAACUGCGAUAUGACUAUGUGCAGAGAGUGAUGGAACUAGAAGCAGAUGCCAUGGGACAUGAGCUACUUUUUGUAGAUGAGGCCGGUUUUAACCUCAGUAAAACCAGGAGACGUGGCAGGAACAUUAUUGGACACCGUGCCAUCAUCAAUGUCCCAGGACAACGUGGUCGUAACAUAACCAUGUGUGCAGCUAUAAGCCAAAAUGGUGUUGUUCACCAUCAUGCAACCAUUGGCCCAUACAACACUGCACACAUUAUUGCAUUCCUUGACACACUACAUGACUUGCUCACUGUUCAGAGACCAGAGCAUACCCGAUAUGUCAUCAUAUGGGACAAUUCGUCUCCCUUCUCCUUCACCAUGUCCUCUUCCUCCUCCUUCAUCACGUCCUCCUCCUCACUCCCUCCUCUGCCUCAUCCCCUCCCUCCUCUUUCUCUCCCUCCUCCUCCUCGACCUAUUCCUUAA